CUCUUCAAGAUGGCGGGGCUGCCAGUGGGUCGUUAUGGUGGCUCGUCGAGAAUAAAAUAAUUUAGAAAGGUAGUCAGGCGCUCAGUAGGCGACAGCCGUGUCAUACUUAUCGCUCCCAGAAGAUCCCAGUGGAGGAUGAUCAGUGCCUAGAUCCCAUAUUAAGCUGAAUGCAUUGUGAUUUCCAAUAAUUGAGACAGUGAUUCUGAAAGCUGUCUACAUUAAUGAAAAGAACAAUGUAGUCAGCUUAGCAUAUUCACCUCUGGUACGUGGUCUAUACAGGGAUGUGCUUCUGCAUGCAUUCUGGGUUUAGAUAAGAUCAACAGGUUAGAUUUUAAAAUAAACUGUCAGUCUGUAUAUGUUAUAGUUGUUAAUUCUGAGAAAAUGGAGAUAGACGAAGUUCUACCCCCUCUCCCCUUGGAGCCACCCGAUGAUUUUGGCCAAGAUGAGGGCAGAGCACCUCCACCACCUCCCCUGCAAACGUCCAGUGACGCAGAGGUAAUGGACGUUAGCUCUGGUGGUGAUGGAUACACAUACACCCCAGGGGACGGGGAAGCCAAGCCACAACAGCCCCUCAGCAAGGGCUCAGUCACUUUCUGUAGCCACCUCUCUGAUGAGGCCAGUCCCAACCCACCGUGCCCCAGAACAGCCCGCCACGCUCCCCCGGUCACCAAGUUUCUACCAGACCUCAAGCUGCUCAGAGAUGUUAAGAUCAGUGUGAGCUUCACUGAAAGCAAUAGUAAAGACAGGAAGGUUUUAUAUACAGGUGAAGGGCAGGAGGGAGUAAGUGAUGAUGGCUUAGAUGGCCUAAAUGGUGAGUUGCAUGACUUGACUAGUGAGCAGGAGGUAGCUGAAGGUAGCUCUGGAGCAAGUAACGUAGGCAGACGAUCAGAGGAGGCUGAGGUAGACCUGGAAAACAAGGUAGAGUUUGCUGUCUUGGACGAGUUGGAUGACUUCUACGAGAACUUCCUGGAUCAUGACGAUGGGGAGCAUGGCGGAUUUAAGUCAGAGGUCAUAGUUCAACAGGAGGAUGACGAGGCCGUGGCUUACUCCUAUGAGGAGGAGUUUGACAAUGACGUGGACGCUCUGCUGGAGGAGGGCAUGCCAGUCCCAAAAAAGAUGCGCCCAGCGGAAGACAAAUAUGGCGGGGGCAGUGAUCAUCAGUCAGAUGGUGAAGGAGGUGUUCAGCCAAUGAUGACCAAAAUUAAGACUGUCCUGAAGAGUCGGGGGCGUCCACCUACUGAGCCUCUACCUGAUGGAUGGAUCAUGACAUUCCAUAACUCAGGCAUUCCAGUCUACCUGCAUAGAGAAACCAGAGUGGUUACCUGGUCCAGACCCUACUUCCUUGGGACAGGCAGUAUUAGGAAACAUGACCCUCCCACCAGCAGUAUCCCUUGCCUACAUUACAAGAAAAUGAAGGAACAAGAGGAAAGGGAGCUGAAUGGGGAGGUGUCACCUAAUGCAGAGGAGUCUCCAGUCAAGCCGAGAGAGGAGGCUAAUGGUGAGGAGAGAGCAGGCAAGUCAGAUGCUAUAGCUGAGGAGCACAGUGACGCCCCUCCCUCCAUUCUGACUGGCAGUGGCCCAGAUGGAGAGGGUACCACUGACAACAGCCUGCAAGGUAAAGAGUCCCAGCCUUGUGACACUGCCCAAGGAGCCUUAGGACAAGUCAAGGCCAAGGUGGAGGUGUGCAAGGAUGAGUCAGUAGAACUUGAAGAGUUUCGUCAGUACCUGGAAAAAUGCUUUGACUUUGAACAAGUCACUGUAAAGAAGUUUCGUACCUGGGCUGAGCGAAGGCAAUUCAACAGAGACAUGAAGAGGAAGCAGGCGGAGUCAGAGAGACCUAUCCUGCCUGCCAACCAGAAACUUAUCACACUGUCGGUCCAAGAUGCACCUACUAAGAAAGAAUUUGUCAUCAACCCCAACGGAAAGUCUGAAGUUUGCAUCUUGCAUGAAUAUAUGCAACGUGUCCUCAAGGUCCGACCUGUUUACAACUUUUUUGAAUGUGAGAACCCAAGUGAACCCUUUGGAGCAUCAGUCAUUAUAGAUGGAGUAACUUACGGCACAGGAACCGCAAGCAGUAAAAAACUUGCCAAGAAUAAAGCUGCUCGAGCCACACUGGAAAUCCUCAUCCCUGACUUUGUGAAGCAGACCUCGGAGGAGAAGCCUGUUGAGGGUGAUGAACUGGAGUAUUUUAAUCAUAUCAGUAUAGAAGACUCGAGGGUGUAUGAGCUGACCAACAAAGCAGGACUACUUUCGCCAUAUCAGAUUCUUCAUGAGUGCCUUAAAAGAAACCACGGAAUGGGAGACACCAGCAUUAAAUUUGAGGUGAUCCCAGGGAAAAACCAGAAGAGUGAAUAUGUGAUGACAUGUGGGAAACAUACUGUGCGUGGCUGGUGCAAGAACAAGAGAGUUGGCAAACAACUAGCAUCUCAGAAGAUCUUGCAGAUGCUUCACCCCCACGUCAAAAACUGGGGCUCUCUGCUGCGCAUGUACGGCAGAGAGAGCAAUAAGAUGGUCAAGAAGGAGAGCUCUGACAAGAGUGUGAUCGAGCUGCAGCAGUAUGCCAAAAAGAACAAGCCAAACCUUCAUAUCUUGAACAAACUGCAAGAAGAAAUGAGGAAACUGGCCACGCAGAGGGAGGAAACGAGGAAGAAACCCAAGAUGACCAUAAUGGAGUCUGCCCAGCCAGGGAGCGAACCUCUCUGCACUGUUGACGUUUGAGUCUCGAAAUCACUGAUGAACCACGGCACUGAAACCCAGUCACUGUCAGACUCGUCUCUUUCUCUCUCUCUCACACACACACACCGCCAUCCAUCAUUUAAUUAUGCAUCACUGAGUUCUGAUGGCAAUAUAGUUACACAUUGACCAGGCCGGUAGAACUGCUUGCUUCCUUCAUUCACAUUUUAUUGGAUCAGCUGGUAGAUGUAAGAGUAGGACUAAAUGCACUAACAGACUGUAGAGCAAAUAUCGUCUACCUCUCUAGAUGCACCCUCACUAUGGCACUAGGAAAAAAACCAUCCAGGGUGCAGAGACGUUAACAUGACUUGACCACAGAUGAACCACAGUAAAAUAAAAAUGCAUGCUUCUUUGACUGCAAAACAGCUACUUUGUUGGUUUUGUUUUGAAGUGUCGUUUUUCAACAGUCGCAAUCUUAUAGUACCAGCACCUGCUAGUUUUGUUUGUGCUUCAAGUAUUUCAAAGGGACUACUAAUACUUGUGUAUUUAUACCAUUCAUUUAAUUGGGAAACAAAGUUACUUGUUUAUAGGGUAUUUUAAUGGUAGGUGUUAUUGGAUAUUUUGGGUGAAAUACAAAAUAUGCCGUUUUGUUUAGCCUCAAAAUGGACAGUUGCUGUCUUGGUUUGCACGAU